AUGGAUACGGCCUUCGAGUUUGUGAAUCUCACGUCGGCCCAACAACUCCGACAGAAGCCGACGCGGGCGGUGAUCCGCUCCCACGCCAGCCGGCACAACUGGCGAUCGCAUGCCAAUUCCAACGCGACCAAACGACCCUCUUAUACUCCGAAGGAUGAUCGACCUCAACAGACUCUAGCGGAGAUGCAUAGCAUCUCCGAGGCCGUAGGUCUGGGACUCCUCGACCCGUUCCAGACCUACCCAUCGCAGCUAGACGCUGCGACCGUGAGUCGAAUGUUCGAGUACUCACUGCAAUAUCUAUGGCCUACCAUCUUCAUGGCCAGUGCAGUACCAGAGCAGACUUCACCCACAAUCAGGGCGUGGUUCACUGCCGGAUUGAACAGCCCGGUUCUGUUCAGCGCGUUCAUUCACGGAGCGGCGACUCAUCUGCAGUCGAAAAGGUUGUUGUCCGGCGCGCAGCAAGUUGAUCAGAAGGCAGCUUACGAGAUUCAGCUAAGUCAGCUGGAGACAGUGCAGCGUCUCAAUGCGGCCAUGCAGCGACCGGUGGAUCAGUGGACUGAUGAGGUCAUUCUCGCGAUCAAUUCGUUGCUAUAUACCUCCGAUGAUGCUGAGACCAUUAACGCCGCUGGUAAUGUGUCGUCACCGUUCAGUCCGGUGUUCGAGAGCAUGCAAAGUCUCGAUGUGUAUGCUGUUCUGACGCAGGAUAACUGUCAUCGUCGGGGGUUGCUGGCCAUGAUUCGCCAGCGGGGUGGUCUAGAGAAUAUUAAACUGGAGGGGGUGGCCGCUGUGAUCUCUUCUACAGAGGUAAUCGUCGCAACCAAGAACCUCACCAAGCCUCAAUUGGAGUAUAGAUCUAUGUUGAGCGAGCAGCUGCACACCACGCAGCGAGAAAGCCCCACGCCCUCCUUCCAAUCCACUGCUCUCGAGCUCUCGCAGAACCGUCUGCUGGACCAGCUAAAAGGUUUUCCACGCGGAUUCCUUGAGAUUCUGCAUGACAUGGUGAUCUAUACAGACCGAAUUCAAUCUCUAAUCCAUGGACGAGUAUGCCAGUCGCAUCCCCAGAUGCUUAGCCUGGUCGAGCAGCGCAAUUGGAUCCAACACCGACUUCUGAGUCUUCCGUCUAAGGAGAAAUGCGUCACGCCGGUGUCGUUUCUGUACGAGCCCUUCCGCUUGGCUGCCCAAGUCUAUAGUCUUGCGGUCAUCUUGCCGCUUCCCAUGGCCGUUGCACCCUUUGCCCGAUUAGCCGAGCUGCUCCAGGUGGAGAUCAGCCAAGCUAUGGAGUAUGAGCCCGUGUGCAGUGACGCCGAAGUGGAUCUGCUGUUGUGGAUGGUGGUGCUGGGCGGAAUCGCCAGUGAAGGGACACGAGUCCGAAGCUGGUAUGAGACUAUGCUUCGUCAUUUACUGCAAGGAAGGGACUUCUUGCUCAGUUCCAACCAUUCCUAUCCAAUAAGAAAGAAGGUCCACCCAGAACGAAGAAUGCUGAAACUCCUCGCCCAACCCUUCCACCCGCUCACUCUCCCCGCACCAACCUCCUUCGCCAACCAAACCCUCCUCAUAACCGGCGCCAACACCGGCGUUGGCCUCGAAGCCGCCCGUCACGCGCUGACUCUCCACGCCGCUAAGGUAAUUUUGGGUGUCCGCGACCUGACCAAAGGCGAAGCCGCCAAAGCCGACCUCCUCAGCACGACCGGCGCCCACUCCUGCCAAAUCGACCUCUGGGCCCUAGAUCUAGCCUCCUUUGCCAGUGUCAAGGCCUUCGUUGCCCGAGUGAGACACUACGUCCGCGAUGAGCAAGGGAGGAUCGACGUCGCGAUCAUGAACGCGGGAUUGGCAUCGGGCGAGUGGCAUGUGACGGAGGACGGGUGGGAACGGACGAUCCAGGUGAACGGGCUGGCGACGGCGUUGUUGAGUUUACGGGUCUUGAACGUGCUGCUUGCGCAGGCGAAACAAGAUGAAACGAUGCUCCCGCAUUUGGUGAUCGUGGCGAGUGACGUGCAUAUGUCGGCGGGGUUUGCGGAGCGGCAGGAAGAGAAUACUCUGGCUGCGUUGAAUGAUCAGACGCAGUGGGCGAGAUCAGCGGCGGCAAACGGCCCUGCGGAGCGGUAUGCGGUGAGUAAGUUGCUAGAUGUGUAUCUUAUGCUGGAGUUGGCGGGGAUGGUGCCGAGGAAGGAGGAUGCAGCGCGCACGCCGUGGGUGGUCGUCAAUGCGGUGACGCCGGGGUUCUGUAAGUCGGAGCUUUUGACGAGGGAGAAGGCGCCACUUGCGCUGCGGGUGAUGCAGUGGUUGACGGGGCGGACGACGCAAGAAGGGGGCAAAGCACUUAUUGAUGCCGCGGCGCGCGGAGUGGACUCCCAUGGGGAGUGGUUGGAGAAUCAGGUUGUUGCUGAUCCGGGAGAGAUUGUGACUAGUAAGGAGGGUGUCAGGACAAGGAAGAAGGUGUGGAGGGAGAUGUUGGAGGUGCUGCGGAAGGUCGAUCCGGAUCUGCCUAGGAUUUGA